GAGCGGUCUAACGCGUCGACUGCGGCGCUGGCAGUCGCGGGUUCGACUCCCGGCCACUGGGCGGCAUUUUUCUUCGGGCAAGUCACGGUGUGAACAAGUGCCGCCAUCCCCCACCCGGGCAUGGCAGAUACCUACGGGUGCCCAAAUUGAAAAUUCUGCCAAAACCCAACACACACGUGUUCCCCCCUACUGCUACCAACAAUACAAUACAAUACAAUACCUAACCAAAACCAUACAGCUAAUGGCCAUAGUUGCCGGGCUUACGAUCAAUAAAAAAAAAAAAAAAAAAAAAUGUUCAAUACCAGAUAACAAUUAUCAUAUCGAUAAGAUAGAGUAUACACUAUACUAGACAUUAUAGAGUAUAGGCGAUAAAGUUUAAAAUUGUAUACCUAUACCAUUGAUUAAAAAUCAAUGCCUAUACCUAGGUUAUACCUAACCUAACCUAACCUAUACUAUAAUCAAUGCCUAUACCUAAUGUAAUUUGAAAAUGUAGCGCGGGCCAAAUAAAAAAGGCUUGCGGGCCGCCAGUUGCCCACCACUGAUUUAUACCAAUAGAUGGCGCAACUUAUUACGUAAACACCGAGUCUGUACUUAUUUUCUUAAAUAAAAAAGUCCGUGAUACAUUAUGGUGAUAAUAACUAUAAGUACUGAUUAAAAUUUGAUAAGCGCCAUGUGCAGACUGCAGAGUGUCCUCACUCCUGUACUGUGGCAAAACAAAUUACAAACUAGCGGGCUACAAAUAUAUUAUAUUUUAAAUUGAAUAAUCAAAAUAUUAAACAAUUUUAUUUAUUCAUCUUUAAAAAAUGAAUUCAACUCGUGAAAUCAUAACAUUGCAGUUUGGUCAUUAUUCUAAUUUUAUUGGCACGCACUUCUGGAAUUUACAGGAAGCAAGUUUUACUUAUGAAGAAAACAAUAAGCCAUUGGAAAUAUGUCACGAUGUCUUGUAUAGGGAAGGUGUAAAUUUGAAGGGUGAGGUAACCUAUACUCCUCGUAUGCUGUGUGUUGAUCUUAAGAACAGUUUUUACCAAUUGCCUGAUGUACAUAGAGGCUUAUAUGAUCUAAAUUGUAGCAAUAUAGAUGAAGAAAUAUUGAAUUCUUCAACUAAAAUUCAAACUAUUCAAGAAGAAAAAAUUCCUAGCAACGAAUUUUUUUCAGACUUAGCCAAACAAGAACUUCUUAUAGAUGAUGAUAGUGAGAAAAUAAAUAUAGCCGAGAAAGUAUACAAUUUAGAUGACGAUGUUAAAAUUUGGUCAGAUUUUUUAAAAGCUCGUUUUCAUCCAAGAACCAUCACAUCGAUUGAUGAGUAUAAACACAAUGAUUCAAGUAAUGUGUUUAAUAACUUUGCUCAAGGACUUGGAUUAUGGGAUUCAUAUAAAAUGAAAGAAACUUGGACUGAUAAUUUAAGAUUAUAUGCAGAAGAAUGUGAUUAUUUACAGGGAUUCCAUAUUUCAAUGGAUUCAUUGAAUGGUUUUGGUGGUUUAGCUUGUAAGGCAUUAGAAUACUUAAAAGACGAGUACUCUAACAAAACUAUUAUUGCUAUGCCCGUACUGUCAGAUAAUUAUAUUCUUGAAGAUGAAAAUUCUGAGUUACAAGCUGUUAACACCUCAUUAUUAUUUUCUUCACUAUUCGAACACUCAACUAUGUUUGUGCCAUUGACUACAUCAUCCGGUGGAUGGAUAAAGAGUCAAAGUCAUCUUAAUUUGGAUUACUUAUCAUACAAAAACAAUUUAGAUUAUCAUUCCAGUGCUAUCUUAGCAUCAGCUAUAGACACAUUUACUUUGGGCUAUAGAAAUCGGUUUGGCAACGAUAGUAUGCAAAAUAUGUGUACCAGGUUGACCCCUUUGGGGCGAAAGGCUGUAUCAGCUUCGAUACAACUACCUCUUGGGUUUGAAUCAAAGUCAAAUUUACUAGAUUACUUACAGAAUUCAAAUUUACCCCUAUGGAAACCCAUUUCACCUCAGUGUACUACAGAAAUGUCUGUGACCCAAACAAUUGUUUUAAGAGGCAUAACAGAAAACAUGCUGUACUCGAAUAAUCUCAUUAAAGAUUCAAAAAAUCCAUCUCAUCAUUGUACAUCACCUAGUGAUUUACUCAAAUUAUUUCUAUCUUUUUGUGAUCACGUGCGAAUGACAGAAGUUCAUUCAUUUGAUUCUUCUUUAGAGACUAUAGCACCGUUUCCUAACAUAUUUUCUCAAUCUAUAAAUCAGCAUGGAUUUGUAGAAUCAUCAUCUAGAUCAUCUACUUCUGUGGUCGCAAAAUGUGCAGCUAUUAGUGGUUUACAUAACAGUAAUUCAAUGAGAGAUAUGUUUAUAUCUUUGAAGAAUGAUUCUAGUAAAGUAAAGGGUUCAAAAUUGAGUCACAUGUUUAACUAUGAGAUUGAUGUAAUGGAUUAUAAAGAAACUCUCGAAAAUCUUCUUGUUUUAAGUGAUAACUAUUUAAUAAACGACUGUUUAUAACUUGAACGUGUAUUAUUAAUUAGUUUUUCUGAAGAUUAUAUGUUAAAAUAUUAAUAUUUAAAAUAAAUAAAUACAUUUUUACAUC